AUGCCAACUAUACAUGAAACAAAUGAUCUGAAUGAAGCCAUUGAUAUUGUUCAGGAUGAAAAUAAAAGAUACCCAUUUAUAUUGCAUAACUUCGAUAUUGGACCCUGUCGACAAAAAUGGACGUGUGAUUAUUUAGCAUCCAAAAUUGGUUCAAAACCUGUUCGAAUUCAUGUUUCACAAGAACCAAUACUGGAUUUUGUUCGAAAAAAUUUUACAUAUGAAACACUGCCUUUCGAUGAAGUCGUAAGACGUUGUGAAAAUGUUACGAAUGAGAAAUGUUUCGUAUCACCGACCGAACAUUAUUAUUUUCGUGCAUUAGGCGAGAAUGUACGCACGGAUAUUGCGAAUAUAGAAAAAUCAUUUCCAUCCAUCGUUGAUGACAUUCGCUAUCCACCGUUGUUCUCUAAUGAACAACUGUUUUCCAGUGUAUUCAGAAUUGGAUCGCCCAAUACAACACUAUGGACACACUAUGACAUUAUGGAUAAUAUUCUAAUUCAAGUUCGUGGUUCCAAGCGUCUCAUUAUGUUUCCGCCUGGAGAUAUUUCUUAUUUAUACAUAGAUGGUGACAAAUCAUUAGUGGCAAAUCUCGACAGUAUUGAUGAUGAAAUGUUCCCACUUAUUAAAAAGGCAACAUUUUACACUGGGACACUUCAAACCGGUGAUUGUCUAUUCAUUCCUGCACUUUGGUUUCACAAUAUUAAAUCAUUAGAAACGGCUGUGUCUGUUAAUGUAUUUUGGCGGCAUUUACCCAUAGAAAUGUAUGAAUCGAAAGAUAUAUACGGAAACAAAGAUCUAGUACCAUUCAGUAAACAAUUUGGACAAUUAACAAAAUGUGUUAAUGAAAUAAACAAACUACAAGAACCAUAUGCUGAUUUUUAUUUGAAGCGGAUGCUUUUAUAUAUGCAGAAAUCUAUUGAAGACAGAAAGAGGAUACAAAAGGAGACAUAG